AUGCUUGAAAUUGUACUAUUCAAGCUGAGGCCCUCUACAGCAAUUCCACCUCCAUUGUCUCAGUUCUAUGAUCGAGAUCAAGACAUUCUGAUGGACAUCGACGUCAGCUUCUCAUUAACUUCUUUGGUAGAAUUAUUCAACAGGAUGGAGAUAAAAUCGGAUGUACAGCCUACGUCUUGGGGACCCACAAUGCACCGAGGUAAUAUCAAACGUUCACCUCGCUGUCGUCCAUUUCCAUCCCCUAUAUCAUCAAGAAGAGAACAUGCGACUGAUCUCUCAAAUGAUGAUAUGCAUAUCGAUUCCAACACUGAAGAAGACGACAUUGAAUUCCACAAUCAAUAUUCUCUGCCUUCUUCAAAGCCUCAGAAGCUCUUCCGUACUAUUCAAUUUACCCAAGAGAAUUAUUCCACCACAUCCCAUCCUGCUCCAGCCUCUUUGUCGAAAGGUCCAGCUAUUGUUCGUCGCUACAGGCUCCCAUUGCAGCCAAGGAAUCAAGCAGGAAACCUGCCAUCUCCCGGUGGAAAUAAACUUGUGACUCCACCUCCUCAGACUGGCAGCAAGAAACGCUUCAAGAUUCCUCGUCUGACUCCUUUUGCUCGUUGA